GAAAUUGGGAAUCACGCCUAUCCGUUUCUGGCUGUCCUGUUUCUGGAUUCCUCUUGUUGUCUUCGUCGCUGCGACUCCAGAUCCCCCUCGUCUUCUUCGUCGCUGCGACUCUCUCUGGUCAGAUAUGUGGCGAUUGUGUUUGAGGUUUCGCUGGAUCCGAAUUUCGCUGGGCCGCCAUCGAUUUUGCUACCGUGAAUGGAGUUCUGGGAGGAAUCGAUACCGAUGAGUACGAGUGGAGCAGGCAGCCUGCCACUAAUCAUCAUCUCAUUCUUGGGUGCAGAGAUCCAAGGCUUGGAGGAGGGUACCUACUGAGGGUUGUCAGCAAGGAAAAGCACCAUCUCAUCAUGUUAAAGGUGCAGAGAGGAAGGAUGCUAUGCUUGUGCUAUUACAACCCACCCCAUCAGCCUUGGGCUUGCUUAUGCCGCAAAGAGCUCUCAUAUGUGCAAAGUACCAUCUCAUCAGGUUGAAGGAGCAGAGAGGAAGGAUUUGAGAGCACCUCGAAUGCUUACAACCCACCCCAUUAGCCAUGGGCUUGCUUAUGCCGCAAAGAGCUGUCAUAUGUGAUAUGAGAGCACAAUAUUCCAUCUUUACUGAAUUUUGCACAUAUGCAGGAAAGCACAUGCAAAGAGGCAACUUUGCCCAUGUCCCGAGAUUCCAACAAAUGGUGCAAAAGAUGCAGCAACCUGCUCACUUUUAAUGAAUUCUUCAAUAUCCUCCUCCAUCUGUCAUCAUCAGCCAUGCUUGCCAUUUGUUCGCCCUGUUUUUGCAAAGAUAAGUUUACUUUUGAUGCUAGUACAUAUUUGGUGUUGCUUAUAAAUGUAAUCAACCAUUGCUUUAUCUUUGUAUCUACCUCGAUGUUCUUGACUCUGAUAUUGACCAGUUACUUGCGGUCCAAAGAUUCCAUCUAGAUUCUCAAGGCUCAUAUUCUAUGUAUUUUGUUUGUCAAUGAAAGUGGUGGUUAUUUACCAAAAAAUAUAACACAACUAGAUUGACAAGCAUAUACAACUUUACCUCAUUCAUAUCAUUUCCAAUGAUCAUCUGUGUUAAUGUUCCUUGCAUCCUUUCAUGCUGCUGCACAAUUUUUAAUAAGCCUGGUAAAUUGCACUUCGAUUGUGCUAAAUUUACACCACCUAUGCAGCUGUAAUUUCCUCUUUUGUGCACUGUAAUUUCUAUAUACUUGUAGUAUUGUUUUACCUGCCUAUUACUGUCAGAUUGAUCAUCUUCCUGUGAAUUCCUGAUUUGUUCCAGCAUAAGUUCAGUGAAGCCUCCCUGCAUUGAAAUACAAUUUAGUUUAAAAAUAACCUUUUGUUAUCUUCAGAUUUUUGAAUGUAAGCAAUGAUUUCCUAACCUUUUUGUAUCUGUAGGUAUUUGAAGGGCCUGCAACAGAUCCGUUGCAACAUGAUUUGUAGCUUCUGAACAGUCAGGUGUUAUAUUCAUUGUGAAGUUUCUACAAGAUCAUGUUGUUGAUGUAUUCAAAGCAGAUGUAAAAGGGCAUGCAUAUAUGCAGGAGGGCUCCCGUUGUAGAAUAGCUGGAGGAGCACGACUCGGCAUUGCCCCGCUAGCCUGUCUUCACUGGCACCUACGAUUUCGCCCCUGCUGGACUACAGCAAGUGCCCAUCAGCAUCAUGCUUCCAUUUGACUUCGGAUGAUAUGCUAGAUGGGACUUCUGAUACGCCGGAUGCGUCUGCUCAGCUUGUAAAGUAACUUCUUACGCUUUGCAACAAAUGCCCACUUGACGAUAUAUAAUAAUUAAUGUAAACGGGCCCCAGCUGGAAAAACGAUGCCAGGGGUACGGAAGUCCGGCCUUUUGUACAAGAGAAUGCAUCGAUCUCGAGGUCAAACGUUGAUGCAGCCAUGACAAUCUUGCCGAACUGCGCCCCACGCACGCCAGGAUGCCGCUGCCAAUACUAAUACCUUUGCCAAUUGCAAGCAAACACACAACGGGGCUUCAUGUUCUCAAAUCUCAAUGUCAACGGCGUGUCGUCUCCCGCCCGUGCCGCUGCUCGUACUACUCCUCGUCGCCGCAGAGGCCUUCUUCGUCUAUGCGGACACCAACGACUACGGCAGGUACUCCCGCGUCUUCGCGUUCGGCAACUCGCUCACUGACACCGGGAACGCGGCCAUCUUCCCGGUGACUGCCGGAGGACCAUUCACCCGGCCGCCGUACGGGCAGACGUACUUCGGUCAUCCCAGCGGCCGGGCUUCCAACGGCAGGCUCAUCCUCGACUUCCUCGUGGAGGAGCUGAAGGUGCCACAGCCGACGCCGUACCUCGCCGGCAAGACGGCCGGCGACUUUCUGAACGGAACCAACUUCGCGCUGGGUGGUGCGACGGCACUCGACCCGGCGUUCCUAGCAAGCAAAGGUAUAACGUCGUUCGUGCCCGUCUCUCUCAGUAAUGAGACGAGCUGGUUUCAGAACGUCGUGCGACUGCUCAACUCAUCAGACGACUGCGAGCAGCGUAAGAUCAUGGCAAGCUCGGUCUUCUACGUAGGCGAGAUCGGUGUCAAUGACUACUUCUUCGCCUUGAUCAACAACUCCGCCGUCGACGUCGCGGCGAGCUUGACGCCCCACAUCAUCGGCGCCGUCCGUUCGGCCCUGACCGCCAUGAUCGCUGCCGGGGCGAGGACUCUGGUGAUCACGGGGAUGCUACCAAUCGGCUGCGAGCCGCAGCAGCUGGCCCUGUACCCAGCAGGCGAUGAAGGCGACUACGACCCCACCACCGGCUGCAUCGCGCGGUUCAACGAGGUCGCCAAGCAGCACAACCGUGCGCUGAGGAUGAUGCUCAGCGAGCUCCGGCGAGACUAUGGCAGCACUCUCUCCCUCCUUUACGCCGACAUCUACAACCCUGUCGUCAAGGCCGUCGCGUUCCCGGCCUUUUACGGCUUCGGAGACAGGCCGCUGUCCGCGUGCUGCGGGGGCGGUGGCGGCCCGUACAACUUCAACUUCACCAUGUUCUGCGGCACGCCGGAGUCCACAACGUGCGCUGACCCAUCCAAGUUCGUCUCCUGGGACGGGAUCCACUUCACCGAGGCUGCCAAUAGGCUCAUUACUCGCACCAUGCUUAAGGAACUGAAACUACUAUUGUAAAAACCUUGAUCCAAUUAAUCUUUUUUAGAACACCACUAAGAGCUUCAAGGGAAGAAAACAUGAACAUAGUAAGCUUGAAAGAACUGAUUGAUUAGCCCUGAUCUGUCCCCAUAAGAUAAAUGCUUUCCUUUUCCAUGGGCCCGCUUAACUUGUUUUCAAUUCUUUCUUCCAUCAAUUUUCAAACGGUAAUGAUAUGUAUAAGACAUCAGUCCGUCCGGAUGCUGUUGUCCACUUAAUUUACUG